UCGAUGUAAAACUAAACUCACUCACUCACUCUCUCCCUUUCUGAAAUGCACACAUAUAUCUCACCACCACCAUGACCAACACACGUCGCAAUAUAACUUCGUGUUAAAUCACUUAUUACCUCAUCUCAAAACCAGUGCCUCUGAAUGUCCCUGAAAAUAUAUUUGAUAAGAUUGGAACUGUAGUUGUAAAACGACUAUUUCAAAGGCUGUAAUAAAUUUAGUUAACAACGUAAGCAAACACCACCAGCAAAAGCAUACCCUCACUGAUGAGCACAACGGAGAAACACACAGGUCACCGGAUACAGGAGAAGGUAAAGUGAUAUAAGAGAAGACAGAGGGGGUCUGACGUACACACAACUACCUGGUAAAAUCGAGAUAAUGUAAGUCAUAAAAAUACACAGACGACAUACGCAGCAGACGUAGUCAAAUCACACCGAAAGCAAGAUUUAUAGACAUCUGCUGCGGGUACGUUCCAAUGAUCUUUAAGCAUAUAUUUUAGAGGCGUGCGUGCUUGCUUGCUUGCGUGCGUAGUUAUGUGUUUGUACGUCAUUUAGAACGAAUGUUCUCCACUGCAUUACCAGCCCUACCUGUCUAAGAAAUGAGGGUGCUACCGGUAGAGCAGGUCAUGAUUACUCUUUUCGGGAAAGGCUAUGUGUCAUGGCUGAUUUUCAGUGACCCAUUGAUAUCAUUUACGCCGCUAUUUUGCCUUUUACCCCAAUUGGAAUCUUUUUCGGCGGAUAGUAGAGACUGGUUAUAGUCCCUAGCGUAGACAUUUGAGUCAACUAACAAUGAAAUCUUUGGUCUGCGACAUUAAAAUUAACCCUCAACCUUUGUUUGCAAAUCAAAUCAUAGAUGUGCAUGAUAUGGGAUCCAUUGACACGGGUCCCAGCAGACUAGAAAGAGCAAAAAUGCUACUGAAAAUUAUUAUGUUAAGAGGGCCUUUGGCAUUUCAAGGGUUUCUUGAAUCGCUGGAAGUAACGGGGUACAAAGAACUUGUAGCUCUUCUCAAAGGGACACAGUCACACAUUUCUGAACAUGAUGUAAAGGGUUUCAUAAAGGACGAGGAAAAGGCGAAAGAUCUAGAUGUGGAAGUACAAAUGCUGAAGCAAAGACUUGGUCAGGUUGAAAAGAGUGGAGCUCAAAGGGAGGAUCUUGUAGUAUUGAGACAUGAUGUCGAAGACGAGCUCAAGAACGUCAAUAUUACACUCCAGAAGAUUGAAGAACUUACUCAAGCUAACAGAGGGGCCACAGAUACUAUCAAUAGUCUACGCCAAGAACUGGAGAAGAAAGAGGAGCUACUAGCAGAAGCUCGACGGCAUAUUCAGGCCUUGAGGACUAAAGUUUCUAGUCUGGAGACUAAAAAUGAACAACUUCAGCGGACAGUAUGCAGGCUGCAAGAACAAAUUCGCAGCAAUGAAGAAUCGAGUGAUAAGAAGUUCCAUGAAAUGGAGGCUGAGAAAGAAAUAACAGAUGAACGACUUGGUAAGAUGGAAGUUAACCAGAAGCAAAUGCUAGACAUGGUGAAGAGACUUGACCAGGAAAGAAUUGGUCAGGUUGAAAAGAGCGGAGCUCAAAGGGAGGAUCUUGUAGUAUUGAAACAUGAUGUUGAAGACGAGCUCAAGAACGUCAAUAUUACACUCCAGAAGAUUGAAGAACUUACUCAAGCUAACAGAGAGGCCACAGAUACUAUCAACAGUCUAUGCCAAGAACUGGAGCAGAAAGAGAAGCUACUAGCAGAAGCUCGACGGCAUAUUCAGGCCCUGGGGACUAAAGUUUCUAGUCUGAAGACUAAAAAAAAAAAACUUCAAGGGACAGUAUGCAGGCUCCAAGAACAAAUUCGCAGCAAUAAAGAAAAGAGUGAUAAGAAGUUCCAUGAAAUGGAGGCUGAGAAAAAAAUAACAGAUGCACGACUUGCCAAGAUGGAAGUUAAUCAGAAUGAAAUGAUGAAGAGACUUGGCCCGACUGGGAAAAAAGAACCAAAAGGUCGAAAAACAUACAAGAAGAUUGUACCAAGGAACAGAUUCCAAUAACUGACCCUUUCCAGAGCUAACACAAAGAAUAGUCUGAAGUUGUAUUUUAACAGUUGACGAUUGUCUGACGAUUAUCUUUAUUCUGUGCACAUUUGACAUCCGGAUGAUGUAGUCGGUAUCUAUUUGACUUAGAGAUGACGAAUGUUAUCCUUUACUUGUAGAGCUGAGAGUAGGAAGAGGAGAAUAAUAAUGGAGAAUGAUUGACUGAUCUAGUCCUCUUAGCUUGACAGUCGGAUGUUGUAUUCUAUUUUCUUGUAUAGAGUUGACAAUAGCUGAUUAUUCUAUAUGUAAUGUUUCCUGAAGACAGUUGGCCCUGAGGGUUUUUAGUAUCGCAAGAUGAUGAUGGUAAUAUUGUUCGAAGAAUAUAUAAUUUAUUUUUCUAGAAGUGAAAUACUUUCUGCUUUUCU